CUACUCCAGGGACUAGUACAAAUACGGAGACAGAGACAUCUACUAAGGGUCCUGGUUCCACAGCAUCUGAAGGAACAACAGGGUCUUCAGAAACCACUGUCGGAACUGAAACAACGCCAGAAGAAUCGAGUGAGGUAACGACUGAAAGUGGGAGUACAGGAACGACCCCUCAAGUAACAGAGGAAUCCUCAUCCACAGGAGGGGUUACUUCAACAGGAGGUGUCAGUACUACUGGCUCUGUGACAACUGCUACAGGUAGAAUAACUUCCACUCAAAGCUCAGAAGAAACUACUAGGCCAGGGACAAGUACAAAUACGGAGACAGAGACAUCUACUAAGGGUCCUGGUUCCACAGCAUCUGAAGGAACAACAGGGUCUUCAGAAACCACUGUCGGAACUGAAACAACGCCAGAAGUUUCGAGUGAGGUAACGACUGAAAGUGGGAGUACAGGAACGACCCCUCAAGUAACAGAGGAAUCCUCAUCCACAGGAGGGGUUACUUCAACAGGAGGUGUCAGUACUACUGGCUCUGUGACAACGCCUACAGGUAGAAUAACUUCCACUCAAAUCUCAGAAGAAACUACUACACCAGGGACUAGUACAAAUAUGGAGACAGAGACAUCUACUAAGGGUCCUGGUUCCACAGCGUCUGAAGGAACAACAGGGUCUUCAGAAACCACUGUCGGAACUGAAACAACGCCAGAAGAAUCGAGUGAGGUAACGACUGAAAGUGGGAGUACAGGAACGACCCCUCAAGUAACAGAGGAAUCCUCAUCCACAGGAGGGGUUACUUCAACGGGAGGUGUCAGUACUACUGGCUCUGUGACAACUGCUACAGGUAGAAUAACUUCCACUCAAAGCUCAGAAGAAACUACUAGGCCAGGGACAAGUACAAAUACGAACACAGAGACAUCUACUAAGGGUCCUGGUUCCACAGCAUCUGAAGGAACAACAGGGUCUUCAGAAACCACUGUCGGAACUGAAACAACGCCAGAAGUUUCGAGUGAGGUAACGACUGAAAGUGGGAGUACAGGAACGACCCCUCAAGUAACAGAGGAAUCCUCCUCCACAGGACGGGUUACUUCAACAGGAGGUGUCAGUACUACUGGCUCUGUGACAACGCCUACAGGUAGAAUAACUUCCACUCAAAUCUCAGAAGAAACUACUACACCAGGGACUAGUACAAAUAUGGAGACAGAGACAUCUACUAAGGGUCCUGGUUCCACAGCAUCUGAAGGAACAACAGGGUCUUCAGAAACCACUGUCGGAACUGAAACAACGCCAGAAGAAUCGAGUGAGGUAACGACUGAAAGUGGGAGUACAGGAACGACCCCUCAAGUAACAGAGGAAUCCUCAUCCACAGGAGGGGUUACUUCAACAGGAGGUGUCAGUACUACUGGCUCUGUGACAACUGCUACAGGUAGAAUAACUUCCACUCAAAGCUCAGAAGAAACUACUAGGCCAGGGACAAGUACAAAUACGGAGACAGAGACAUCUACUAAGGGUCCUGGUUCCACAGUAUCUGAAGGAACAACAGGGUCUUCAGAAACCACUGUCGGAACUGAAACAACGCCAGAAGAAUCGAGUGAGGUAACGACUGAAAGUGGGAGUACAGGAACGACCCCUCAAGUCACAGAAGAAUCCUCCUCCACAGGAGGGGUUACUUCAACAGGAGGUGUCAGUACUACUGGCUCUGUGACAACGCCUACAGGUAGAAUAACUUCCACUCAAAUCUCAGAAGAAACUACUACACCAGAAGAAUCCAGUGAGGUAACGACUGAAAGUGGGAGUACAGGAACGACCCCUCAAGUAACAGAGGAAUCCUCAUCCACAGGAGGGGUUACUUCAACAGGAGGUGUCAGUACUACUGGCUCUGUGACAACGCCUACAGGUAGAAUAACUUCCACUCAAAUCUCAGAAGAAACUACUACACCAGGGACUAGUACAAAUAUGGAGACAGAGACAUCUACUAAGGGUCCUGGUUCCACAGCGUCUGAAGGAACAACAGGGUCUUCGGAAACCACUGUCGGAACUGAAACAACGCCAGAAAAAUCGAGUGAGGUAACGACUGAAAGUGGGAGUACAGGAACGACCCCUCAAGUAACAGAGGAAUCCUCAUCCACAGGAGGGGUUACUUCAACGGGAGGUGUCAGUACUACUGGCUCUGUGACAACUGCUACAGGUAGAAUAACUUCCACUCAAAGCUCAGAAGAAACUACUAGGCCAGGGACAAGUACAAAUACGAACACAGAGACAUCUACUAAGGGUCCUGGUUCCACAGCAUCUGAAGGAACAACAGGGUCUUCAGAAACCACUGUCGGAACUGAAACAACGCCAGAAGAAUCGAGUGAGGUAACGACUGAAAGUGGGAGUACAGGAACGACCCCUCAAGUAACAGAGGAAUCCUCAUCCACAGGAGGGGUUACUUCAACAGGAGGUGUCAGUACUACUGGCUCUGUGACAACUGCUACAGGUAGAAUAACUUCCACUCAAAGCUCAGAAGAAACUACUAGGCCAGGGACAAGUACAAAUACGAACACAGAGACAUCUACUAAGGGUCCUGGUUCCACAGCAUCUGAAGGAACAACAGGGUCUUCAGAAACCACUGUCGGAACUGAAACAACGCCAGAAGUUUCGAGUGAGGUAACGACUGAAAGUGGGAGUACAGGAACGACCCCUCAAGUAACAGAGGAAUCCUCAUCCACAGGACGGGUUACUUCAACAGGAGGUGUCAGUACUACUGGCUCUGUGACAACGCCUACAGGUAGAAUAACUUCCACUCAAAUCUCAGAAGAAACUACUACACCAGGGACUAGUACAAAUAUGGAGACAGAGACAUCUACUAAGGGUCCUGGUUCCACAGCAUCUGAAGGAACAACAGGGUCUUCAGAAACCACUGUCGGAACUGAAACAACGCCAGAAGUUUCGAGUGAGGUAACGACUGAAAGUGGGAGUACAGGAACGACCCCUCAAGUAACAGAGGAAUCCUCCUCCACAGGACGGGUUACUUCAACAGGAGGUGUCAGUACUACUGGCUCUGUGACAACGCCUACAGGUAGAAUAACUUCCACUCAAAUCUCAGAAGAAACUACUACACCAGGGACUAGUACAAAUAUGGAGACAGAGACAUCUACUAAGGGUCCUGGUUCCACAGCAUCUGAAGGAACAACAGGGUCUUCAGAAACCACUGUCGGAACUGAAACAACGCCAGAAGAAUCGAGUGAGGUAACGACUGAAAGUGGGAGUACAGGAACGACCCCUCAAGUAACAGAGGAAUCCUCAUCCACAGGAGGGGUUACUUCAACAGGAGGUGUCAGUACUACUGGCUCUGUGACAACUGCUACAGGUAGAAUAACUUCCACUCAAAGCUCAGAAGAAACUACUAGGCCAGGGACAAGUACAAAUACGGAGACAGAGACAUCUACUAAGGGUCCUGGUUCCACAGUAUCUGAAGGAACAACAGGGUCUUCAGAAACCACUGUCGGAACUGAAACAACGCCAGAAGAAUCGAGUGAGGUAACGACUGAAAGUGGGAGUACAGGAACGACCCCUCAAGUAACAGAGGAAUCCUCAUCCACAGGAGGGGUUACUUCAACAGGAGGUGUCAGUACUACUGGCUCUGUGACAACGCCUACAGGUAGAAUAACUUCCACUCAAAUCUCAGAAGAAACUACUACACCAGGGACUAGUACAAAUAUGGAGACAGAGACAUCUACUAAGGGUCCUGGUUCCACAGCGUCUGAAGGAACAACAGGGUCUUCGGAAACCACUGUCGGAACUGAAACAACGCCAGAAAAAUCGAGUGAGGUAACGACUGAAAGUGGGAGUACAGGAACGACCCCUCAAGUAACAGAGGAAUCCUCAUCCACAGGAGGGGUUACUUCAACGGGAGGUGUCAGUACUACUGGCUCUGUGACAACUGCUACAGGUAGAAUAACUUCCACUCAAAGCUCAGAAGAAACUACUAGGCCAGGGACAAGUACAAAUACGAACACAGAGACAUCUACUAAGGGUCCUGGUUCCACAGCAUCUGAAGGAACAACAGGGUCUUCAGAAACCACUGUCGGAACUGAAACAACGCCAGAAGUUUCGAGUGAGGUAACGACUGAAAGUGGGAGUACAGGAACGACCCCUCAAGUAACAGAGGAAUCCUCAUCCACAGGAGGGGUUACUUCAACAGGAGGUGUCAGUACUACUGGCUCUGUGACAACGCCUACAGGUAGAAUAACUUCCACUCAAAUCUCAGAAGAAACUACUACACCAGGGACUAGUACAAAUAUGGAGACAGAGACAUCUACUAAGGGUCCUGGUUCCACAGCGUCUGAAGGAACAACAGGGUCUUCAGAAACCACUGUCGGAACUGAAACAACGCCAGAAGAAUCGAGUGAGGUAACGACUGGAAGUGGGAGUACAGGAACGACCCCUCAAGUAACAGAGCAAUCAUCCUCCACAGGAGGGGAUACUUCAACAGAGGGUGUCAGUACUACUGGCUAUGUGACAACUGUUACAGGUGGACGAACUUCCACUCAAAGCUCAGAAGAAACUACUAGACCAGGGACAAGUACAAAUGCGGAGACAGAGACAUCCACUAAGGGCCCUGGUUCCACAGCAUCUGAAGGAACAACAGGGUCUUCAGAAACCACAAGUAACUCAGAGAUAUCAACGACUGAAGUAUCCACAUCAUCCGCGAGUACUUCAGACUGUGUCACAGCCCCACCAGAGAUAAGUAGUCGAAUUGAAGACUUGAAUAGAGAAUUGUCUCUAUUACAAAUACAGAUUGAAGCGGUGACCACAGAGCUCAUGGACUGUUACGGUAACGCGGAGAAACUUGAGGAGCUCACGGUAUUGACAAGCAACCUGGAGGAAUUGCUGAAUGAACUGAAGGAUAUCCAGCAGGAGUUGGAGAACCUGCAAGGCUCAAGGAGGAGGUUCAUUGUAUCUUCUUCCCUGCUCUCUCUUCUCAGAGAGGCUUCCACUAAAAUGAACUUGGAGUGUCCGGGCGAGCAGCGGAAUCUGUCAGCCACCCUCAAACACCUGGACAGGGCGCUGACUGACCUCGCUGACCAGCCCACCAGCUCCUCCCUCCGCGACCGAGUGACCUGUGCUGCCAAGAAGACUGUGGAAGCAUUCACUCUCGUGGUUCAGGGGUCGGGUCAGGUGGAGGAGGAGACGAGGGAGACCAGCCGCCUCCUCAACCAUCUCACCACUAUGAAAAUGAAGCAGUUGGCCUCGGCGCUCCAUCUGAAUACGGAAGCAAACACCGCAAAGAAGGAGAGACUUAUGAAAAAGAUUAAGGAACUGAAGAAGAAGAAGAGGGAAAUGGAAGAGGUGAUGAAGAUGUCUCCUAGCAAACAAGCCUAGAGGCACAGACAGACAGGCAGAUAGGAAGACAGAUAGAUAGAUGAAUGUAUAGACAGACAGACAGACGUAGCAAGCAAAAAUAUUGAAUGAAUGAAUGUAAGAAAAGACGGGACUAGAAUCUGGGAAACGCAAUGAUAACCUGAGUAAUUCAUUUCAUAGAUUCGAAAAUAAAAACAAAACGAAAUAUCUUAUGUAAUAAAAAGCAAUAAAGCAUCUGUAAAAAGUA